AUGGAUCUUUGUCGUAAGCGUGCUAGAGAUGAGUAUGAGGAGGAUGGGGAAGAGAGAGAGGCUGAGGGGGAAGAGACAGAGGCUGAGAAGGAGGAGGAUAGUCUAGACCAAAUGAAAGCCUUUUUGGUUGCUGUAACUGGAUUUAUAGCAGCAAUAAAUUGUCUUGGAGCUACUGAUGGAACUCAUGUAUCUGUAACUAUUCGGGCUGCAGAACGACCUAGAUAUCGAAACAGGAAGGGAGAUAUUACUACUAAUGUUUUAGGAGCUUGUAGUCCAGACAUGAGAUUCAUUUAUGUCUUGCCUGGAUGGGAGGGAUCUGCAUCGGAUUCUCGAGUUUUACGUGAUGCAUUGUCCAGGAACCAUCGAUUAGUUAUUCCAAAUGAUAAAUAUUACCUUGUUGAUGCGGGAUAUGCUAAUGGACCUGGAUUUUUAGCACCUUAUCGAGGAACCAGAUAUCAUCUCAAGGAGUGGUCUGGAAACUGUCCCCAAAAUUAUAAAGAACUAUUCAAUCUUCGACACUCAAAAGCUAGAAAUGUGAUUGAACGUGCAUUCGGUGUGCUAAAGAAAAGGUGGAGCAUUCUAAGAAUAGCUUCAUUUUUCGACAUUAGAACACAAGUAAGAAUCAUCAAUGCUUGUUGUGUUUUACACAACUUCAUACGGAUUGAGAAGCACAAUGAUCCUUUGUUAGAAGCUGAAGAGUUUCACAUAUUGGAUUUAGUUGAUCGUGAGUUGGCGAUGAGGCCUAUAGAAAUCAAUGAAGAGGAGGUUAGAACUGUUGAAGCUACUAAUGAGUGGACUGCAUUUCGUGAUCGACUGGCGAUGGAUAUGUUUGUUGAUUAUCGAAGGUAUCGAGUUCAACAAGUGCAUCAAGAACAAAGAGAGGUGGCAAAUGUGCCAUAG